UGUGUCCAACGUGCGGCUGUACCUCUCCUGUCAUGUGCGCUUUAUUAGUACCAGCAACAGACAUAAUGUUAACGGAAGAGAGCCAAGUGGAAAACAGCGGUACGGAAGAAGAGCAGAAAGGGACCAAAAGGAAGAUUUCUCUCUCAAAUUGUGGCGUGUGUGGAUCAGAGGAGGCGAAGUACAGAUGUCCUGGCUGUCUUUCCCACUCCUGCAGCUUGCCAUGUGUGAAGAAACACAAAGAAGAUUCGGGAUGCAGUGGCGUGAGAAAUAAAACAGCCUUUGUGACCCUCUCACAUUUUGAUGAAAUGGCACUUCUCAGUGACUACAGGCUUCUGGAGGACACAGGACGAUUUGCAGACGGUGCCUCCAGAGACAGCCUCAUUCGGUCUCCGCGUUCCACUUUAAAGGCGAAGAGGCUGGCAGCCAGUGCCAGAAAGAUGAAUAUCACAUUAAGGUUCCUCCCCAUCACUUUCAGUAAAAGCAGAGAAAACUCCACUGUCUACUUCACAAAAGAAAAACUGUUCAUGUGGCACCUGAAGCUCAUCUUUCCUCAGAGAAGCACAGAGUUCAGUCAGAAGAGGGUCCCUGACAAGCAAACCUUGGAGCAGAUCUUGACCUCUUAUAUCCACCCUACAGAGUCGGACCCUGUGACACGUCAAAAGUUGAAGAUGUAUGUGCACACUCCGUUUGAUCAUGUGAAAGUCUUCAUGAAAGCCGAGGGGAGAAAGGCGAACUCUGUGAGGUACCAUGAGUUGGACAUCUGCAAGACCCUAAGGGACAACCUGAGCUUCAAAACACUGAUUGAAUAUCCUGUGCUGCAUGUUGUGCUCAGAGAUCAUUGGAAGGAGUAUCCACUGAAAGGACCAGCUCAACCUGCAUCAGCCUGCAAUAAUUUUGCAACAAAGAAAGAAGAGGUGAACCAAGUUUCACCAUCCUUACAAGGAGCUUGCACCCCGCGAGGAACCAACAUCUGGACAGGAACCCCGGAGACCAGCCCUGAAACUGAACUCCCACAAGUGAAAAGGGCCAGAAGAGAAGCAGGGGAGGAAGAGGUAGAGGAGGGAGAGAUCAUAGACAGUAGUGAGGAAGAAGAGAAGGAAAGAAAUGCUGAAGAGAACACCUCAUUUAGUUAUAGCUGUGAUGGUGCAAAAAGACCUGCUAGUGACAUGGAGGCGAUUAAAGACAAACCAGCAGACAGUGUUGGGGUUAAUGUUAAUGAUGAUAUUAAUAAACACAGUGACAGCAGCAGGGAUCAGUCCAUAAACGAGAACAUCUCUGGUUCAGCUGAUGACAAUGAGCUGUCAGAGAAGAGUGCUGAGGUCAGCAUGUAUAAGGAGGAUGCUGUGAAAGAGCCGGGGCCUGUUCAUACCCAUCACUGUCAUGAUGAAAAUGAGUCAGGUCAGACUGCUGACAGCUGUGGACGUGAGUGAUAACUUCAGAUAUUUGGGAUGAAAUUAAUGAGCAGGCAGACAUAUCUGAUCUGACAGGAAGUUUUCAAUCUUAUGUCCGUAUACAGUGGACCAAUGCAAUCCAACAGUAUUUUCAGUUAUUUUUAACAUUAGAUUUAAUAAAUGAUAGAUACAGUUGAUACCACUGUAUCUGUGCUGUAUUGUAUAUACAUGGAAUCAUUUCAGUUUCAAUGUUAAUGUUUAUUAUUUAGGUUUAAUCGGUCUGGACAUAUGUUUUCUUGAAUAAAGACUUUUUGGGAUUUUUUUUGUCUAUUUGUACUGCUGCUCAUCUGUGGUGGAUGCUGACAUAAGACCAAACAUGACAAAAAUGUAGCUUUUAGGAAGUGUCAUCCGUAUUGCAAUUAGAUUUAAAAGUUAAUUCUGUACUUCAGAAACACUGUUACACUGCUGAACACUGCUAAAUAUCUACUAUUCUCUCUAAGCUCUAUCUUGAAGUGCAUUUAUCAGCUGUUCUUAAGCUUUCGGUCUUCUUUAUCAUACUCCAUCUGUUCAUAAUGUUAAUUAUUUGAUAUGAUUAAAAGUUCCAGAACAUUUAAUAAAUGGACCUUGAGAUGAGCUUGUUUUGUAAAGUCCUGUUUCCAAAAUCAAUAGGGAACAGUGCACUGUGAAACUCAAUUUGAUGACAACAUGAAGGAGAAUUCCUCAAGACGUUGAGAAAAAGGAACUUCGAAACAAUACAGUGUUAUUGUUUUUAAAUGUAUUGCGAUAUGCUGAAUAUUGUAAUGACAUUUUAUGCAAUAUUAUGGUGGCUUAUUACUUUUUUCCAACUACAUAUCGUGUCCCCAAAUGAAAACUGUCAGCAUCUGUUUUAUCUAAUAACAUAAAGUUUUCAGCUAUAUAUACACUUGGCGUACGUGUAUCAACACAGUAUUGUCAUGCAAAAUAUUGCAAUAAUAUGCUGUAUCAGUUUUUAUUUAUUUUUUUCCUUAUCUAUCCUAUCCCAAUAAAUGUCACUAUGAAGCUUUUUUUGUAAACAGACGACCUUUAAUUUUAAUCUUUAGUUGAAAAAAUGCUCUACAUAUAAAAUGUGUUAUCAAUAUAAAGCUCUGCAGUUUUAUUAUUUGUGUUAAACAAUCAUUAGGUUCUUUGUCCCUCUCUUGACUGUUUGUUUUAAUUGAAAACUAAGUGAAACCAGCACCUUGCAGGGCCCCCAUCACCUUUGAAGUUGAAUAUAUUUCUUCUCUCUGUCAAGCGUCAGUAAGACCAUUAGUCUCGUUUUUCCAUCAGCUAAUAAAAGUUAAUGUUGACAUGCUCGUUUUUCUCACACCUCUGGGGUGUAUCCCUCUGUGAAUGUUCUUGCGCCUGUGGUGCCUCUACGUGCCGUACUCUUAC